AUGGAUUUGGAACCUCCCACUCUUGCCAUCGAGCCCAAUGUGCAAGUUAAUAAUCCUGAUCCUACUCCUGUCGUUGACACUCCCUCUGGCUCAACUCCAAAUAUUAAUAGUACCCUACAAAUUGCUGUUAGUUCGAAUAAUAAUGAUGCCUUUAGGGUUCAAGUAUCAUCUACACUAUCUCUUCGAGGGAAAAGUGAUCCUGCAUGGGAGCAUUUUGCUUUUAAAAAAGAGGGGAGAACCUGUGUGUAUACUUGCCUUCAUUACUCGUCAUCAUUUAGAGGAGGUGGGAUCAAUAGGAUGAAGCAACAUCUCAUAGGUGUUUCAGGAAAUAUAAUUUCUUGCAAGAAGAUUCCAUAUGAUGUUCGCCAUAGAAUGGUUCAAUCUUUAAAAGAAGUUUCAUUGGUAAAUAAGAGGAAGCUUGAAGAUCCAAACAUGCCUGAAGAGUUUAUUGAUAACUUAGAAUGUGAAGUAAUUGCUCCAAAUCCAGAGCCAAGUAAGCAAGCUAAGAAGGCAGGGCUAAAGAGUGUAUGGUUAUCUAAAGAAGCUCAGUAUAAAGCUAAAUUAGCCAUUGUAAAGUGGUUAUAUAUGAAUUGCAUUCCAUUUAAUGCUGUAAGUUGUCCAUAUUUUUUGCCUGCUUUGGAUGCAAUUGCUGCAAUUGGCCCAGGUUUUAAAGGUCUUUCAUUUCAGGAGUUAAAGGUUAACUUGUUGACUGAUUGUAGAAAAGAGUGUCAACUACUUAUUGAAAGCCAUCGAGCCACUUGGAAAGAAAGUGGCUGCACACUCAUGGCUGAUGGCUGGACUGACAAAAGGCAACGGACAUUAAUAAAUUUUUUGUUUUAUUCUCCUGUUAGCUUGGUUUUUGUAAAGCCUGUUGAUACUUCACAUAUAGUCAAGGAUGCCAAGAAUUUAUUUUCUUUAUUUUGUAAAGUUAUUGAGUGGGUCAGUCCUACAAAUAUAGUGCAUGUCGUGACCGAUAAUGCAACUAAUUAUGUAGCUGCUGGCAAGUCGAUUCGUGAAAAAUAUAAUCAUAUCUAUUAG